ACCCCACCCCCCAAAAGCGCGCGCUGCAUUGUGGGUUGCCCGCGCCUCCAUCUGCAAUCGCUCUGGUGAUCGUGUUAUUGUGUAGCCAUGGCAACGCUUCCCCUCUCAAACCCCAUGCCCGUGGCCGAUGUCAUCAGAGACCUGGACACCCAGAUAGCGCUCAUCGGACCUGGACCUCACAAUCCUAAACAGAAGCAGGAUCUGGAGCGUCUCAAAGACCUCAAGACGAAGGCAGUGCAGGUCCUCGCCAACAUGGGCCCCACGGCUCUGCUCAACGUGUCCAGCCUCGCCACCGCGUCGGCCCUCAAGCCCAACGCGGACACCUCGCCCGCCAACGUCGUCGCCGCCGGUCCGACGUCCGUCACGACCGCCGCGGGCAUCUCCUGCUCCCCGUCCUCCACCGCUUCUUCCGUUGCCGGUGGCGCGGCCGCCGCCGCCGUGGUUACGGGGGCCGCGGGCGGUGGUGCCGUCACCGUGAAGCGAGAGUCUCCGUCGGGGACGCCGGCCGGCGGGGUCGCCGGUGGCCCGCGCUGCGUUGUGGACGGCACGCAGGUGCUGAGCAGGAAGAGGCUGCAGGACCUGGUGCGGGAAGUUGACCCCAACGAGCAACUGGACGAUGAUGUGGAGGAGAUGCUGCUGCAGAUUGCCGACGACUUCAUUGAGAACGUGGUGUCCGCCGCCUGCAAGCUGGCACGCCAUCGCAAGUCCUCGUCGCUCGAAGUCCGCGACCUGCAGUUGCACCUGGAGAGGCAGUGGAACAUGCGCAUACCAGGCUUCGGCUCGGAGGAGAUCAGGCCCUACAAGAAGUCCUGCACAACGGAGGCUCACAAGCAGAGGCUGGCUCUGAUCCGCAAAACCACCAAGAAGUAAGGGGAUGGUGGUCCCUCCUCACCUGCCCAGGGUAAAACUUUCUUUUUUCCCAAAUGUAAUUUCUCGAGUCAGCCGGAUGGGUUCAGAGGGCUCACAACGGCCUUGCUGGAGACACUGCAGCGGGCACCACGGUGGCCAGGAGAUGUUGACUACCUCGCCUGGUGUGCAGGAGGUCGUGGCUUCGAUCUCGACCCUGACGAUGCCUGCUGCUGUAGAUUUGGAGUUUGCGUGUUCUCCCCGUGGUCGCGUGGAUUUUUCUCCGGGGCCUCCGUUUUUUUCCCUACCACAUUUAGAAUCAACAUCGCGCAUUUUAGAGUAUUUGGCUACUGCUAUAAAUGUCCACGUGAUGAUGAUAGGCCACUUCAUUGGGCUAUCAUUUGUGAUAGCCAGUUCACUUCUGAAAAGAGCUAAAUAGUAGCUCAGUGGGGCCUUGCCUGGUAACAAUAAAUAGAAAGAGUUUUCAUAGUUUUGCCAUUUGGUCACUGGGCGCGUUACGUGUUACAGCAAGUCCUCUGUUUACGUAGAGUGCGUCCGUCGGAAGCGCAACGUUGUGCCAAACGAUGCAAAUCUAUUGACCGUUGAUUUUCACGAUGUGAAUUUAGGAUGCGUUCUCGGGAGUUGUGGGUUUUUUUUUGGGUCAACAUUUGCAGAAAGAAAAAAAAAUGAAACCUUUCCGAUUUACGCACGCACGCGGAAGGGAAAAAAAAUGUAACUUUAUCGUUACACUGAGGCUCCCACAAGGCCGUGCGGGAGUCCGUGUGGCUCGAGUUGUUUGGUGCCCAGCUCACGUCGAGUUGCGGCGAUCGUGUUCGCUGCGUUUCUCCGCGUUGACGACGUCUUCAUAAAAACAACGGCACUGCUGCCGCCGCUGCUACGCCUCUCUCUAAAUACAACGAACGCUGAGCCGCUCGCGAUGUUCUGAGAUUCGGCGGUGAAUGGGGAGCACCCACACCCCACACCACCCCUGCGACUUGCAGCCGUCUCGGAACGGGGAAAGGAGUUAAAGAAAUACCUAAAAAGAUGUUGUGUAACAAGUCUCAAUAAGUCAUAUAAUACAUGAAGAGAGGGUAGUACAGUACACAGCAUGGCAAUGUUGCACAGUAUGCAGUACAGCGAUAUUGUACAGUAUGGCGGUGUCUGUACAGCAUCACGAUGCACGGCGGCGUAGCCACGCUGCACAGUAUACAGUGCGGCAAUGUACAAUUUUCAGUGUUGUGCGGUAUACAGUGUGGCAGCGUUGUACAGUGCGGCGAUGUUGCAUGGUAUGGUGAUGCCUCGCUGCAGGGUGAUGCAUAGUAUGGCGUCGUCGUACAGUACACAGCGUGACGAUGCACGGUGCACAGGGCAAUGCUGUGCUGUAUACAGUGUGGCAUACAGUGUGGCAUACAGUGUGGUGUGCGGUGCUGCGUGCGGUGUGGUGCUGGUGUACGGUGUACAGUGCGCUGGUGUUAUGAACACUUGAGGCUUAGGCGCCUCCCCUGGGAACGCCGUGGUGGAGUCUGCUGCCCGUGCCGCGUUUCAAAGUUUUUUGACGCAGCGUCGCAGCGAGCCAACUUUCACUCGAUUUGGAAUUGACGCUGGCCACCCCCGACUUUGUCGUUGUUAGUGUCAACGACAACGGGUCGUUUACGUUUGCUGAGCUUCUUUGGCAACCGUGCGUUAGUGAAACCGCGCUAAUCGGCGGUGCGGGGGGGUGGAAGGACUACAAAACUAAACGCAGCGACGACAAGCGGUUCUAAAGAAACGAGUUUGUCUGAAUGGUGAUCAUUUGAAAGUGCGUCCGUAGCUCCCAGCGGCUUCCUAAUUAUCGGAAAGGAAGAGCAUUCCAGACGGCCGCAGAAGCGCACCCGAAAGCGCCCCCCCCCCCCCCCAAUAGCUAAGUCGAGAUCCAGUGGCUUGCAUAGUAGACCGACAUAUUUACAUAGAGAUGCGCCGACUGACUUUCGUAGACCGAACUGUGAUUAAACCUUGUUUUUCAAGUAGCGUAGCGAGUUGAAGAUCCCAGUCCGCUCCACCGGUGACUUGUAGAGAGAGCGAGAGACCCAAGAAGUCCCACAUAGAAGACCCCUCGUGGACUCGCAUAGACAAGAGUUGUGGUGGAGACCCCAGUGGUCUGGAUAGUGACCCCAUAGACACUAGCAGAGACCCAUAGAGUUUUUUUGUGGUUUUUAGUUUCACUUCACCUGACCCUCUAGGCCUGUAUAUAUUUCCCUUGAGCUCAAGGGGAUUCGUAAUCGGCCGGUGGGAAUUUUGUUGUCGUCGUCGUUGUGAUGAUCAUUAUUAAUGUAACCUUUCACGUGCACCUGCGUUUCUUUUGUAAGUCAUUGCUGCAAGGGAGUUCAAUAAAAGUGCUCAGUGCGAU